AAUUUACAAAUUGUCUAUUCACAAAUGAAAAUUCAGGAAAAAUUUAUUCUGGAGAGAGACAGUUUUCCCCAGUGUAGAAACAGUCUGCAUCAACAUAACACUAUAAUGAAUUAUCGAUGCUUAUUCAUUCAUGUCAACACAGACGCAUGGUGAUCAUGGAGAUGAAUUCUUCAUCAAAGUGUAUUCCACUGAAUGCGGCGAUGUGCAUCUAGUAUGUGAUCAGGUUAAGAGAGGCAAAACAAAAACGCGCUGAAAUUGAUACUGGGAGGAGUUCUGAUAUACAUAUAUAUGUAUAUAUAAAGAAGCCUACAUCAUUUAUUUACGGAUUAUGAGAGAUUAUAUAUUAAUUUCUUAUUUUAUUGUAUGGAUUUAUGCCGAUGAAUUUCAUGUUGUUUCUCCAGGACCAUGUCUACAAGAAGGUGAUGCUUAUUGUAUGCGUCGUGUUGCCAACAGCAUGUGUUCAAUUGAAAAAAAUGAAUGUUUCUGCAAGCCUGGUUAUGUUUCAAUACAAGAAAGUUAUGGGAUCACGUGUAAAACGCUGUUAACUAACUUGAAAUGUCAAGUAGACAGUGAUUGUGUCCAUGUGAUCAAUAGUGCUUGCCAUCCUGGUGCAGGAUAUUGUGCUUGUCCAGGUGGAACAAUAUAUGUGCCUCAGGAUCAUGCCUGUCGACAAUCAGCUGAGAAUAAUCAAAAUCAAUUUUGCUCAAAAUGUCGACAGGUUAAUGGAGUUUGUUAUUAUUAUUAUUAUCAACAUAAUAAUAAUAAUAAUAAUUAUCAUUCUCCCUCCUCAUCUUCAUCCUCGUCCUCACCCUCUUCUUGGUUCUCCUUCUCUGGUUCUUCUGCUUCUGCAUCACAAACAACUAACUCAGAGGGAUUUAAUCCCUACAAGCGGUAUAUGUAUAAAAAUCAUGACCUUGUUCCAUUCACUAGUCAAAUAGAUACAGUGUUUAAUGGAUUUUUAAAAUAUGCUCAUAACACAGAAAUGUUUGGAUGCAGUUGUCCACAUAAUACUGGCAUGUUAGCAUCGAUUCCAAGCGUGAAUUUUCUCAAAAAGAAUCAAAGCCAGUCACGGGAUAGUCAGAAUCAAUCAAAUGUUGAAAGUCAUGAUACUAAGGAUGCAAAGAUUCAUGCAUUAGUACCACAGAGUUUCCAGGAACUUCCACAAUGGUAUUUUUGUAAAGCAAUUAUAGUUGAUAUUUGGGAGUAUUGUAAUCAUGUUGAUAUACUGUGUCGAGCAAAAAAUGCUCGUUGUGUCAAAACAGAGCACAGUUCCAAUGUAAUUCAAUUCUCCUGUCAAUGUCUUCCUGGCUAUAUACCAGUCUAUCAGAAACAUUUGAAUUAUUAUGAAUGCUUUCGUCAACUUGAAGCAAAUCAUUCCAGUUGUAGGCCAUGUUUUCAUUCAAGUGGAAAAUGUUAUACAAUGAAUGAACAAAACAUUGACUCAUCAAUUGGAUGCUUGUGUCCAAAUAAUCUUCAACCAACACUGACAACAUCUACACCAACCGAUUUAAUACAUCAUAGCCAUACUAAUAAUGACAAUAAGGAGAGUAAUAACAAUGAUAGAAGUGAUGCACGAAACACAUUCAUGACGGCUUUAUUACCAACACACACAGGCGUUGAAUAUGAAAUGUGCGGUGAGAACUUAGUGAACGUAUUCUGUCAACGACAUUUAUUAGAAAUAUGCCUCUCACCGAUCAGUCAACCACCAUACCAGAAUUUAGCUGAAAAUCUACACCUACGUCGAUCUGUUGCAUUUGUAACCAAUUUGACAUUUCAUCAAAAUUUCAUUGAUACAUGCAGACUAGAUGUUAAACUGAACAGUUUACAAGGCAAACAAUGGAACCAUACAUCCGUAAAUCCUAUGAGAACUGAACAACAACAACAACACCAGGUACUGUGUAAAACUAUCGAUUGGAGACAAGAUCCUACAACAACUCCAUGCGGUAUAAGUAUUACAGAAUACAUGAGUGGACACUUAUACACUGGUUAUCUUGCUGUUAUCACAAGUCACGAACACCGUAACCAAGAGUCUGAUCUGCUAUUUCAAUUCACCUGUAAAACAAACAAUGAUGUACCACAUCGAGUACCAGGACAGGUUUUUGAAAGAAAUCUUGACAAUGACAAAGAAGAUCUAUUCAAAGAUUCUUCAUGGCCUAAACUUGAUGUCAAACUAUCGAUAAAAGAUGAAAAUGGACAAUCUGUACAAACAAUACUUGAAUCUGCCGCUGUAAGAUUUGAAGCUGAAUUAAUCGAUGAAUUAAAUAUCUACAAAGCUGUAAUUGUAGAGGAAUGUUAUAUGAUAGACGAAUUGGAAUCUGCACAGGCGAAUGAAGGUUCAAAAGAAACACUUCUAUUAUAUAAAGGGUGUCCAAUGUUUAGUUCAGAAUUAGCAAGCAAAUCAACGAUUAGUUUCAAUUUUCAAACAAAUCACUAUGGUAAUGAACAAGCUUUAAUAUUUAGAUCAACAGAUAAUCUGCAUCAUAUACAAACAGGUUUAUUUCGUCUAUAUCCAAAUUAUUCAUCAAUAUUUGUAGAUGGAAAAAGUAGAACAGUUACUACAGGCAGUAAUUAUACAUUUACACAUGAUAGAACAAUGAAAUUGACAUUUGAACAAAUGAAUUCGAUUGAUGAAACAUUUAAACAAAAAUUAAGUGAAAUUGGACAGAGAUUGCAUGAAUUAAAAUUCACUUGUAUAUUUCGUGUAUGCAAACAAUUGGCAUGGUGUUCAUGGCCAUCUGCUUGUGAUUCAACGUUGACAAGUUUGAACAAUCCUCGAAUAACAUUUUUACCUCCUGGCGUACGAAUAAUUCAACGUUCUGUACCUUUAUAUUUAAUUGAAAGUGUGCCAAGUAUUCAUUUGCCAGUGAAGAAACAAGCAAAAUCAAAAGUCUGUGAAGAGCUGUUCUGUUCCAAUACCCUUCAUAUUGUAUUAAUGAUGGGUUUAGUCGGUAUACUAACUUGUCUAAUGGGUGUUAUGGGUAUGCUGUUAGCCAGAAAAUAUCGUCAUCGUUUACAUCAAACACGUGAUACCUUUCUACGAUCUAAAACAAAAAUGAAGCCGUCUAAUCAUUCAUCUGCACCUCCUCCACCAGCUCCUGCUGCUCCUGGUACUGCCGCUGCUGGCGGUCAUCACUACAGAGGUGUCCAUCAUCAUCAUCAGGAUCAACAGUGUUUACAAUGCUCUGAAACAAAAACACAAUCGUUAUUAUCGAAAAGUUAUUAUAAUCCAAUAAUCCAGUCGACAAUUACUCAACAUUUACUUCAUUAUAAACAGCAUUCAGAACAUCAAUCAGAGAAUGGUGUAUUAAAGAGUUUGUUAACAGUUGACAAUAAUAUCGAUACUACUAUUAACGGUAGCAGUAAUAAAAUUAGUAGUAGUACUACUACUACUAAUAAUAAUAAUAGUGAUAACAGUAAUAUGAAUCCAUCAUGUACUGUUGGUAUGAAAGAUUGUUGUAAAUAUUGGUUGAAUGAACAUUCAUACGCUAAUCCACUACUGAUAAAAAACUCUUCUAAUGAUUUAUCCCAAUAUCAUUCACAUUUGUGUCAUCAACAGGGACAACAUGGACAACAAGUACACACAGCUAUACAACCCCAACAACAACAUCAGUUGUCGUCAUCUUCAUCAGGAGCAACACCAAGUCAUUGUUCAUGUCUAAGUGAUAUUGUAUUGAAUGAUAGGACAAAAGGUAUACAGAAUUCACAUAAUUACUAUACAUUUAAACGUUAUACUACCCUACCACCGACAACCACGCUGACACCAUUCAAUACAACAAGUUUUAUGAAAGAAAAUGAAAGUGGCCUAGUAAACAAGACGACAACAUUUCUACUAGAACCGAUGAAUCCUCUAAUUCAUACUAAUGCUAUUACUACUAACAAUAUCACUGGUAAUAUACAUGAUAGACUGACAACGACACCAUAUCCAACAACUUUUACAAAUAAUAAUAAUAGUAAUGAUGAUAACAGUAAGCAUUCAAUGUUCUUUUGUUGUCCAGAACAAUUAACUAAUCGUCAUGAUGCGUCUUUGCUUCAGCAUAAACAUAAACAAUUGUAUUCUCAGGCGGAACGAUAUGGUAACCUUGAUUCUGCUGUUAGCGGCGGCGGUAAUGAUGAAGGUUUUAAGAAUGUAAACUCUGUAUAUAAUACUAAUAAUAAUAGUAAUAGUAACGACAAUAAACCUGAGAUUUCUUUACAUGAAUAUAAAAAAUUAACUAAUCCUUCGAAUGAUACAGUUUAUUUUGGUGUAGAUUAUCCUAAUUCUAGUUAUACAAUAAAUCCAUUAGAUUUAACACUUUGUACAGAUAGUUUACACAAAUUACAAGCGCAAACACAAUCAAACACAAUAUUACAAUCAAUACUGGGUCAACCGCAACCACAACAACAACACCAACAUCAGCAACAACACCAACAAUAUGUAGAAGGCUGAAGAGUAUAUGGCAAGUCGUAUAAUGUACAUCCCAGAAAGAGACGUACACACAGAAGAGGGUAAACUGACCAAAAAAAUGAACCAGAAACUGAAAUAUCAUAAACACAAUCACUUCAGAAAUGAAACGUAUUCACGACUAUAGACUACUUAUAAUUCAUUGACAGUCAUUUAUAAACGAGAAAAGAAUAUCUUGGAACCAAUAGCACUCUUUAUGGUUGUGUAACCUUAACAAAAUAAUUCUUAAGCCCUAGAGAUUACCAAAUACUACCAACACAUACAUGCACACAUAGUGACACACACAGACACACUCACACAUGAAUCACAAAUGCACACUUACAUUAUUAAUACUUCCUGUAUACUUAGUCGAUGUUGUUGCUGUUGUUCCUUUCUGAAUGCACCACUAAUUUAGUCGUCGCUGCCGUAUUAUUAUUGUUAUUAUUAUUAUUAAUCAGUUGGCAGAUGUAUUCUUCUGAAGUCUUCAACUCUCCAGUUUUUAUCAACAAAACAAAACUUAGAGAAUCUUCAUGAGACUGAAAUAUCUAUUGUAAUCUAUUUUAAAAUAACCGCGGUUUUCGGUUGUUUGUUUUUGUUCUUUCUGGACCAUUUAGGUACACACACACACACACACACUGUAAUUUUUAUUAAUUUGUAGUUAUUUUUUUUAAUAUGUGAAAUAUAAGAAAAAUAUUUCAAAAAA